GCUUUAGCAAUCAGAAGACACCAAUGCGAAAACAUUGACGCUGAUCCUUUAGUAUGGACCAAUCAAAGAUUUAUCCGAUGGGCCAGGUCUAUCGACUUGGGAGAAUACGCUGACAAUCUUAAAGGUAGUGGCGUUCAUGGUGCUUUAGUCGUUUUAGAAUCAUCCUUCAACGGUGAUACAAUGGCGACAGCUCUUGGGAUACCUCCAUCAAGGAACAUGAUCCGAAGACAUCUAACUGCGGAACUUGAAUCUCUUGUACUUCCAGCCAGAGCCGCUUUCCAACACUUCGUGCGAGUAAGUACUGUGGAAAAGAGGCGUGCUGAAAGAAUCGCCAACGGUGGAAGUCUAGGCCGCAGUUUUUCAAGGUCAUACGCUGGCGGCCUCACGAAUUCAAGAAUACUUCAAGGAUCAAAUAAGACUAUUGCACCAGAUGCACAGUCCGUUUCCUCGUCCUCUAGUGACCGCAGAAGGUCUAGCUUGCGGACCUACAGUUUAUCAUACUUAAAAAAGUUUUCCUCUUGGAAAAGUUCACAAGGAUCAUUAAGUCGCGUAUUCGGAAUCAAGAAUAAAGAAAACACUUUGAGAGAGGAAAGAAGAGAUAGUUUCAUGAAUACUCCUCAGGUGGUCUCCCCAUCUUCAUCAUCAGGAAGCAGCGCUGCAGCAUCCUAUUUCUCGUCGCAGCGGCCUGAGUCACCACAAUCUGUAGUUGCUGUAGCAACGGUCAAGAGGAAAACUCGCCCACAGAGACAUCGUAGAGUCAAGUCUAUCGGUGAUAUCGACUCAAUUUUAGUUACGCCUGUGUAAGGCACGAGUUUUUAAUCAGAUUUGUUCUUUCCCAUGACUUCAGAAUCCCUAGUCUUAGGUUUUUACGAAAAUGUUACUUUUCUCUUUUUAUCUUGCGAGAUCUCAAAAUUAUUUGUAAUUUAAACUGUAUAACUAUUUUUCCAAAGUGAAGAAUAGUAUAAGUUAUUUUAAGGUGUAUGAAUAAUCUUAUUUUUGCAGCUGCAUUUAUAAUGAAUAGAGGAACAAAAGGGAUAUUUUUUAUGAAAAGCGCAUCGUUGUGCUCAAUCAAAAACUCCAAAAAACUUGUGUGAAAUAAUUUUUUACUGGUAUUGUUGGUUCUCCUCUCGUUUAUUUUUUACCAUACACUGCCUGUUUUUGUUUGUUUUUCUUCUGUUAAUGUCUUUCAUGUUCAUUCAAUUUAUUAUUUACACAUUUUCUUUUGUUAUUUUUUCUGCAUACCUCACAAAGCAUCGAGAAAACUGAUUAAUUACCAUUUCUCAGUUCUUUUAUUACAAAUAUUGUUUUUUUUUUCUCCUCAUUUAUUAAAAAAAUUUUAGGACAAAAAAUCGCAAUUAUGCAAUAUCUGUUUAAAUAGCCAUUAAAAGAAUCCACGCUCUAAGUUUUUUGUGCUCCGAUUGUUAUCAUAUCAAAGACUCAGAACUGGAGACUGUCCUACUUUGUUUUUAGAAAAGUAAACUAUUUUCAAAAUUUUAUUCGGACAACCACUCAUGACUUCCAUUUAUCUAGAGACUGGUUAUCGACAUGUUAGUCAGAAUUAGCUCAUUCUAUCUAAUGAAACAACAAGUCAAUUUUCAGUACAUUUUUCUCGCACAGCAUGCCAUGAAUAUGUAUGCUCAAGUAUGUAAUUUUGUCGGUUUCUGUAAGCCUACCACUUUAAGUUUCCCAAUAGCGUGUGGUGCUUUGCAAUCCAUCUAUUGAUCUGUCAUUCAAACCUAUGGGAAAUAAUCGAAUAUCAGGGUGCUUACAACAAGCACCUUCAUAAUUGACUCUUUACCUUAGAUUCAAAUGGAAAAAUAUGAAUACAUAGUCGAUGAUUCAUGCUUUGCCAUUAAUUUUUCUCAAUAUACUUCCUGCGGCUCCAGAUCAAGUAUUUUCUCCUCCCUCAAGACAGCUAUUUAAACACACUCCUUGCAUUUACUUUGCCUGAACAAUCAUCAGAUGUAUCACGCAACCAUUGAAAGAAAGUUCUGUGAAUUAACAGUGCUUAUUAAUAACCAAUAGAUGGAGGUAUUUGUAUUCAAGUCAAGCCUGAAUUUCAGAACACCAUUCCCAAAGCUCAUUGUUUUCCCAUUCUAAUGUAUCUAAGUUUCUUGUUGUUAAUUGUGUGUAGUUGUAAAUUGUACCUAAUUGUUAUUGUACUUUAUCUUUUGAGAAUCAACAAAGGUGAACUUUUUAUUUCA